CUGAAGAAGUCUCGGCUGACUACACGGAUACCAUAUCGACCUGACGCUGAAAACGCAUCGAUUGCUGCGUCUCGGAUGGCCCUCUCCGAUGGCGUGGGGCCCGUGAACAGCGCCAGGGUGUUUGCGCGACCCAGACAGUCCCCGACUCUUCGGAAGCGCCUUCGGAAAGACACAGACUCCGCGGCGCGGAAAGCACGAGACCAAAGACGAGCCUCGCGAGAGGGUGCGAAGCAAGCAGAAAGAAUGGGCGACAAGAGCAGCAGCACGCGGAGGUCUGUGGAGGGCGACGGCGCAGUCGAGAUGCCACCUGAGGGCGCGCGAGAGCACAAGAGGACUCGAGCUCGCCUCGACGCUCGUCCAGCAGACUCCGCGUCGCAUGCUCCUUCCCAGGCGCACCAGAAGAAAAGAGACGGGAACGUGUCAGAGGGCGACGGGUCUCCGGGCCCAGGGCGACCGCCUCCUUCGCAUGCCGGAGAGGCGAUUCCGUCUUUCUCGAAACGCGGCACCGGCAGUCGAGAGGCAGGCUCUAAGAGAAGAGAGCGCGAGGGAGGGGCGACGACGAAUGAAGCCGGGAGGGGAGAAGAGAAAGAGAAGAGAGGUCAGGGCCCAGAGAGCGACGGCCACGAGGAGACUGCGCCUCCGUUCUCGCCAGCCUCCUUCCGCGCAGAAGCUGAGCGCGCCCCUCUCCACGUCGACGUCUUCGAGACGGCCCACGACGGCCGGGCGGGACCGAAGCACGUGCCGCCGAGCCGUCUGAGGACUCGGAAGAUCUCCCGGCACCGCCUCGAUCCGUCUCCGAACGCGUCGCCGCGUAGUGGGUCUCUGUCUGUCGAGUUCUCUGCGCCAACCUCUCCUCUGGCGUCUCCGUCUGCGCUCCGGGACGCUCUCUCUGCGUCUUGCAACCUCCGGUCUGCGCUGCAUGCGGCGAGCAAAAGUACUGCCCAUCCCCUCUAUCCUGACCCAGGUUCGUCGCGGUAUGGUUCGCGGAACCACCGACCGCGCAGCGUCUCUCCGGACGCCCGCUGUCGUCGCGGCUCGACAGACUCCUCCGAGCUUUCCUCGUGCAGCGGUGGGGUGGGGGACCGCUUGUCGCCUUCCGCUGCUUCACACAGAUCGCCCUUGACGUACUUGCCAGUGUCUCCCUGUCUCGCACCGUCAACUGGGAAGAAACGGGCGCGCGGCGAGCGACGCGGAAAGGGAGGGAAACGGGGAAAGGCCGGAGUCCACAGGGGCGACGGCAUCGCUGGGAUCGCGGGCAACCAGUCAGGGGAGACGGCGACAGCGCCCUGUCUUGCGAACGCCGGAGAGGAGGGGGGAGCGACGCGCACCGCGCUGCCUUCGGCGACGGGCGCGAGUGCCCCAGCGGCCGCUGCGACCGCUGGCGGGGCCGGAGUCUCCGCGGCUUCUCUCCAGGGCCUCUAUCGCGCAAACAAUCGACAUUGGCAAAACAACUGCCUCCUUCUCUACGAACAUGUGAUGGCCCACACGCUCGAAUGGCCUUCGCUGACGACGCAGUGGAUGAAGUCGCGCAAUCCGAAAGCCAGCGGCGCGAUGGGCCAGACUGUGCUUGUGGCGACUCACACUAGCGGACCUCAGCACCUGAAUUAUCUUCUUCUGAUUGAGGUAGCGCACUGUGCCGGAACUUUAGAUUUCUGGAAAGACCGACUUUUCAUUCCCUACGAUUACGUAGGCUUCGACUUCGGGGAGGAAGACAGUCGGAAGUUCACAGUCACGUGUCGCAUUCCUCACGAGGGCGAGUCGAACAAAGCCCGGUUUUGCCCGAGCGAUCAAACGAAAAUUGCGUCGAAGGCGCUCGACGGAUGUGUCUACGUCUUCGACUUCUGCAAAUUUGGGCCAUACGCGCUUCCUUUUUCAACUCCCCACGGCGACGGAUCGCGAAACCAGAAAGGCGGAAAAGUUCGCGAAGUCGAUGAGACGGCACCUCCCACAGACUUCAUGGCUCUCCAGGCGGAGGUUGUCUUAAGUGGACAUACCGACGAAGGGUGGGGUCUUGAGUGGGGGCCGCCGGGGAGAGAGAACUUCGUCGCGUCGGCUGCGGAUGACGGCAUCAUAUGCGUCUGGGACGUUCAGGCCAAGCCCGCGGAGCGCAAGCGCCUCCCACCCCUCCACAAACUCGUCGCAGAUUGCAACCUUCGCCCCCUUCAGGAUGUGUGCUGGAAACGCGGUGAAGGAGACGGCGACGUUCUUCUCGGCAUAGGCGACGACGGCUACCUGAACAUGUGGGAUCUGCGCGUAUCGCCGGCGCCUGUGGUUCGGACGCAAUGCAGCUGGACGUCCGCCAACGCUCUGGCGGCGAAUGCGAACGCGCCCUACGUCGUGGCCACUGCCGGCGCCGACAAGGGAGUGAGCAUCUGGGACUUGCGGGCGUUGCGCCGCCCUGCGCAUCGCCUCCUGCAUGCGCACGGCGAGGCAGUCACGUGCCUCAAGUGGGCUCCCGGCGAAAAGACAACUCUCGCGUCAGGAAGCACAGACCGUCUGAUUCGUAUUUUCGACCUUUCGCUCGUCGGCGCGGAGCAGGAGAGCGACGAUGCAGAAGACGGCCCGCCGGAGCUGUUGUUUGUGCACGGCGGGCAUCUCGGCGCAGUCAACGACUUUGACUGGAACCCGCAACCCGAUCUGUUUUCCUCGCUGAUGCUCGCGUCAGUCUCCGAAGACAACGCGCUCCAGAUAUGGCAGCCAACACGCAAGGCGUUCAAACGCGAGAGUCUCUUUGUCGAAGGCCGCGACGGCGACGACUGCAUGCAGUCCUGCGAGGCGGACGGGGACGACGUGGAGUGA